AUGAGCACAAGAUCCGUGACAAUUGUCAAUGGAUUACAAAAUCUAGGAAAAACCAUUAAGGAACCCGAAGUGGUGAGCACAAUUUUGAGGAAGCUGAAUUGGCGAUUAGGUGAAGAACGGCCAUCACUAACACAGUCUCAACACUCAACAGAUGCAAAGAGAUUUGAGGAAAUAGCAAAGAGAGCAGGCAAGAGAGGAAGGAGCAUAAAGAUUAAAGG